CUUCAUUGAAGUCAUCCUAUCUUCAUAGUACUACAAUAAUAAUUAUUUUUCCUGCAUACCCUUACUGCAAACAUAUUAGUACAUGUGUACGUCACACAUAUCACAUAUAUAUAUCACCCUAUAUCUGAUAUAUUGCAUUUUCGGACAGAAUAUAUUGUAUUUAUAUUAUCAAUAUGCAUUCGGCAUAUACUGUUUCCCAUGUGGAUGCAGAACUUCCUGAAUACUCGCCGACGACGUCAUCCCCUGGAGCCAAAGGGAUGACGGAGGGAUGACGGAGGGAUGACGAAGGGAAUAUCGGAGGACUCGAGUCAUUACUUUCCGGACAGAACUCUUAACCCGUAUUUCAACGCACGGCGCAAGAGUAUCGCGCAAUUUACGAUGAAGUGGGAUAAACGGAGUGAGUUAGAGAGGGGCCCAUGCGCACUGCAGAUAAAAUAGUUAUAUCUUAACCACGACACCUGCCUCCCGCACAAGGACGUCGGCGCUUUGUCGAUCCAGUUCCGGACGUUCCGUCACGAUAAACAUGCUGUGUUGUUCAAUGUUCAACCAACACCGGGGUGAUCACAAACAUUAUCUAGUACUGGUGUUUAUCAUCGUGGACCAGUGACUCGUGGGCCAAUUCGUAAAAUGUAGCUCGGGGGUGAAGGGGUUAAAAUUUUGGGUGUUGACAUUGGGCUUGACCCUUCACUGGUGAAAAAUGGCCAGUUCACCCACCACCAUUGAGAAUCAGAUUGACAGCUUUCUCGAGCAAUUCAAGAGGAGUGCAACCAAAGCGAUGGAGGAGACACACAGAAAUUAUCAUGCUAGCAGCUCUAUCAGUCGAAGUAGGAGCGGCAAUCUCGACCUCGAGGUAUUGGAGGCCGAGGAUGUGGAGAGUAUGACAGGGGAGAUUGAGAACGGAGAUCUGGCUGUUCGCGAUGUCGCGGAUCUCCUCCAGCCCCAGUACGCAAUCAUCACUGGUGGUAAAACGAGGGAGGGAUGUCCUAUUAUCACGUUUUCGGAUAAUGGAAAUUUUCACAAUUUGACGGAUCUGGAUUAUCAGCGGCUUAUGCUGUAUCUCACAUCGGUACCAACAUUACAAGAAGCAGAUCUCGGGUUUCAUUUGAUAAUCGACCGUAGGACCGACAAGUGGAAUUCGGUCAAGACAGUGUUACUUAAGAUCUCAGCGUAUUUUCCCGGUCUCGUGCACGUGGCGUACGUCCUGAGGCCCGUGGGUUUCCUCCAGAAAGCAAUAUCCGAGGUAUCGAAUAAACUCUUCCGCGAGGACUUCAAGUUCCGCGUGAUUGUCCUGGCGAAUGUCAAUGAACUCCACGAUUUCAUCGACAAGGAUCAAUUAACUGAGCAACUUGGAGGGGAUUUACCGUACUGCCAUCACACCUGGAUACAGAAUCGAAUUAGCUUGGAGAAAUUUUCAUCCAUGACCCAAGACGUUUCGGUGGCACUCGACUCGUUCACACGUAGGCUUGCAGAGGUUGAAUUCCCCAAUAAUACGGUUGCCACCACCAGGCUGUUGAGUCAGCAGCAGGCUGAGUACAAUGAAUUGAAAGAGGAGAUAUUGAGUGCUGCAAAACACGGUGAGGCACUAUUAGACAGUGUCAGGAAACUGACCGGUAAAGGUACUGCCGAUCGGUUGGGAAACGUUGCGGCAGUCGAAAGACUGUUAGUGCAAUUAGAAGAGACAGAGCGUACAUUUGACCUCUUUUGGUCUCACCACAGUGCACGAUUACGUCAUUGUCUAGCCCUCCGUCAAUUUGAACAGGAUUUUCGUGAGCUCCAGGCAAAUCUCGAUCAGCACCUCAAGAGUAUCGAUGAAAUGACGGAAGUUGGGGAAACUCAGUCACGUGUGGAGCAACUGAUACGCGACACAACAUCUUUCCAACGAAUAUGCAGGGGAGACAUAGAUCGAGCUGAGGAGGUAAUAGCUGCUGGCCAGCAGUUGCUUUCGGGGAGGCAUCAGUGUCCAACUGAAGUUGUUGAGCCAAAGUGCGCGGAGUUGCAGAGAGUCUGCACGAUGUUGAGCCAGAGACUGGAGCGACGGCUCCAUACGCUCACCAAGUGUCGAGAAUUGAUGGAGAGGAUUGAUAAGGCGAACGCAUGGUGCACCCGAGGUAUUGAACUCUUGGCCUCGCAGAGCAGUACAAUGCCCCCGGAGCAGGCGCUGCAAGAGCUCGAGCAAUUGAUCGGUGCAUCCGAAGAGUUCCAUCAUCCCAGGUGUAUCUUUCAAGACUCGAUAAUGCCAGAGACGAAGGCCCUGGUUACUCAGGUUCUUCAGAGGAUCGAAGAUGUCUCGUUAAUGUGCGAGAAGAGGAUUGUAACGUUGAAGCAGCAGCUGGUGAAACCUGCCAGGCCGGUCCAGACCGUCACUCCAGAGCCAGCUAAACCGCUUCAAGCCUCGCCGAAUAUAAAACCUGGCAGAAUUUUGAAGAAAGCUAAUACAAUGCCAAAGAUGGAAAUGGGUUCUAUCGAGGACACCUCUUCUCCAGAGAGUGAGCCCCGCGACUUGGAAGCCUCUCGCCUGAAGCGUGGGCAUGUCCUAACAGAAUUAGUUGAGACAGAGCGUGCAUACGUGGCGGAAUUGGGAUCAAUAAUAAAGGGUUACAAAUUAGAAAUGAACAAUGAAGCCCUGAUGCACCUCAUCCCUGCUGCUCUAAUCGGCAAGGCUGACGUACUCUUCGGCAAUCUCGAGGAGAUCUAUCACUUUCACGGCGAGACAUUUCUCCGGGAUCUCGAGAAUUGCAUCUCCAACACAGAACUCGUCGCACUCUGCUUCGUCCAGAGACGCGAGAUAUUCUUUCGCCUCUACAGUUACUACUGUCAAAAUAUACCGAGAUCCGAGAGACUGCGUGAGCAGAUCCAGGGCGAGCCCCAAUUUCUCGCUGCCUGUCAGCAAAAACUCGGCCACAAGCUGCCACUUGCUGCUUAUCUUCUCAAACCAGUUCAGAGAAUUACAAAGUAUCAGCUUUUGCUUAAGGACCUGUUGAAAUAUAGUGAUGAGCCCGCAUGCUGCACAGAACUGCAGGAGGCGUUGGAUUGCAUGCUCGUGGUACUCAAGUGCGUUAAUGACAGCAUGCAUCAGACAGCAAUCACUGGAUUUGGGGGAGAUUUAACAGCUCAAGGAGAACUUUUACUGCAAGGAUCGUUUAGUGUAUGGAGCAGCAGCAAACGAGAACGUCUCCUCAGACUCAAGCCAUCCCAGCGACACAUAUUUCUCUACGAGAAGGCCAUGAUAUUCUGUAAACACAGCAAACCACAGGCCCAUAAUAAAGCAACUUAUCACUUCAAGCGUUAUCUCAAGAUGUCUCAGAUAGGCCUCACGGAGUCAGUGAAAGGUGACACGAGGAGGUUCGAGAUAUGGCUCCAGGGUAGACAAGAGGUCCACACGAUACAGGCAACAAGCCUGGAGGUCAAGCAGUCCUGGGUGCGACAGAUCAAAGGUGUUCUUAUGUCACAAUUAGCGGAAUUAAAAGGGAAACAGAAUACAGCAUUGGCUAAAUCGAAUCAUAAGUACGCACCUCUUCGUCAGACAAUUUCCUGGGAGGCACAGUCCAGUGUAUCGGGAUCCCUGAGGACUCUCUCGGUCGAUGGAAAUAGUGUGAUAUCCCACAUAACAGACGUAUCUCAGUCUACUGAAGAGGACGUAGCCUGGAGCUCGGAGAAUAGUAACACUGAUGAGGAGGACGCUUUCUCGGAGAAUCCAGGACCUGCCCCAGGAGGCAGGUAUGUGGCACUAGCUGAUUACUGUGCUGUGGGCCAGUCAGAGGUGACCAUGAGGGAGGGAGACCACCUGGAGCUGCUCAAGGUUGGCUGCGCUGGCUGGUGGUUCGUCAAACUCAUUGGUACUGGAAUCGAGGGCUGGGCACCAGCUGCCUAUCUGGAGCCUGUCAGUCGCAAGACCUCUCGCAGCUCUCAGUCUGUCAAUAGUCAGGAAAUAUGAAAUAGGCGUCUAACACACUAGGCUGAGAGCCUCGUGUGUUAGAUAUGUUUUUACCAAAUCUUUUUGCCAGCAAUUUAAUCAAAGGGAUUUUUUUAUCAAUUCUCGGCUGCACGUGUGAAAAAAAUUUCUAGAAAAUCUAUAGAAGAGAAUUUUUCUAAAGAUUAUGCUACGUCACAAUUCAGGUUCAAAUAACCAUUGGGUUACUGAAAAAUGUCUGCAGAUAUUAAUUUUUGUAUUUCAGUUUUGCUGGCGAAUUUUUUUUUAUGAGAAAUAAGAAUCGAUGGGCAUUGAUUUUUAAGUUUUUUCUUGGAUUUUAUUUAGAUUUUCUAUGGAUUUUUUUCCGCGUGUAUUUAUGAAGGGUAGUACUCGAUGAUGCAAGUCGAGGGAUUGUGAUAGGAGAAGGUGGGAUUGUACAAUAGUCUCUCAGCCCUGCACUGUGGGGAAUUUUUAGAGAAUUUGAAUUCCACUUGGGAUGGAAUCCUUCAGGGAAUUUCUCAUAGACAUUUUUUCCUCGCAAUUAUCCUCGUCGAUGACGAAAUUCAUGAGGAUUUGAUGAAAAUUAGUCGCUACUAAAAAUUGAUGGUUUUUUACUUGAAAAUUUAAAGGGAAAUUUUCUAACAGUGCGAGGGUUUGAACAUUCGUAGAAAUUCCUAAACAUUUUUCAUCAUUUUAUUUCGUUAUUUAGGUCAGUGCAGACUGCUCGAGUAAUGGGAUAAUUAGUUUUCAGGCCAAAUGAAUUAAUGAAUUUAUAGGUUUUUGACUGAGUUAGCCAGAGCAGUAUUUUCGUAAAUUAAUUUUUCACGUGGAGGUUUCAGUUUACUUUGUCUGGGUAACUACGAUUGUCUCGAUUGAGAUUUGAGGUAAUUGUAUAUAAUGGAUAUACCAAAUUAAUUAUUCAAUGAGAAUAUUCUUGUUGAGGACAUAACGAUGCACUAAAUUCAUGAUAAUCUUGGGAACGAGUGGGAGAUCAUAUUGCCAUGUUAGGGAUUAAGCUUGUUGCAGUAUGUUAUUAAGUUUCUUGCUGGACCAAUGAGUGUUAAUUCGCCAGUAAUUAAAGUUCUCGUGGAUCGAUGAUCAUCGAGGGGUGAGGGAAGACACAAUUUUCUUUUUUCAGAGAUUUUCAGGUCUCAGACUUGCAAGUUGCAAUCACUAAACACCAAUUGAUGCUGUAAUAUUUGAUAAUGGGAGAAUUACAGUUAUGGGGGGUGGAGUGGAUAUUGAGGAAUUUUAAAUUUCAGAUAUGCAGUGAUUUUAGGGGAUGAGAGGGUUAUUAAUAGGAAAUUUAAUACGCACAUGAGCCCGGUUGAGUGACAAUUUUUGGAGAAGUGAUUUUUGAGGGGACAUUUGAGGUGUUUUUUGCCUCCCAAGAGGAGAAUCCAGUAGUGAUAGGGAAAACAUUUAAAUUAUUAUUAUUCAGGAAUCCUCGGAGAGGAGUCACUUGAUACGAAAAAAUGAUCGGAAAAUUUUUAUCACAGCCACUGGGCUGUUGUGAAGUUUUUUCCCUUCACUACUGAAUUGAAUUUUCGUUUGUAUUUGAACGGAGACGAGAUAAACUCGCCCCUGAUUUUUUAUACGUUUUAAAAGAGUCAACAGCGUAAGAGAAACCAAAUGAAUUCACGAUUUGAGCUUGUUCUAGGGCAACAACAUAUAAUAGACAAUAAAUCUUGUCCAUUGUUUAAAACAAAACGGAAAAUAGAUGAUAAAUUUAUUCGAAUUUUUGCAAUAGGAGAUAAUGUUCAAUGAUAGUUAUGAAAAAUCUAAAGCCCCAAAGCCUCCUUAGAGAACUAUAUCUGAAGAAAAAUUUCCAGCUGAAAUGAGCGUUGAUCAUGAGAUUCAUAAACCAUAAAUUCCUUUCCCAUUCGAUUCGGUUGCUCCCCGAACUUGGCGAACAAAAAAAAAAUAUUAGAUUCUAUUUUUACACCUGAAAAAUGAUGUAAAUCAGUGGAAUUGCUUCCAUUUUAUCCCUAGAGUUGAUCAUUCGUCAUUCGAUCGAAUUUGAGAAGAUGUUAAUGAAUAAUUUGUACAUUGGUAUCUGAAUUUUCGAUUUAUUUACAACAAUUUAGAUGCCCUUUUAUUCUUUGGAAUCGCCCUGUUUUCGUGUGAUUGACAUUGCUCAAUUUUUAGUUUCCUGUGGAUAAUUGAACAAUUGUUGUUCCCUCCAGAUCUGAAAAGAGAAGAUUUAAAAAAAUAUGACUUAUUGCAGGUGAAUAAAUUAUAAAACGUGACUGUUCAAAGCGGCUCUCGUUUUUCAUUCACGUUUAGCGCGUUCCUCGAUCCAUCAGUUGGACACUAAAAUAAAUAUAUAAUAUGCAAUUUUACCUGAUAGAGUUAGAUUAUUCAUUGUAAUAGAGAGAAACUUUAUAAGAGAACUAUUAAUUAAAAAAUCAACACCAUGUACUUUAACUUUAGUCAUUUAUUUAUUGUUUUCAGAUGUUUAUGGGAUGGAGGAAAAGUUUUAUUUGCUCAUUGAAUAUUCGAGCUUAUUUUCAUGGAUCACUUACGAAAUCUCGAGGAUCUUGAUCUCUUUGAAUUUGAAUUUUUUCAUUGUCUAUUUCAAAAUUUUUAUUAUUUCAUUCUGUUUCUUUAAGAUCGUAAUUUGUAAUUCAGUCAUUUCAAAUAAACUGUUAAAUUGUA